AUGCGUCGUGAGUCUGCCCAACUAACAUCGAAUAGGCUGGUGUCUGCGCGGCGUUUGGUGUCUCCUCUCAGAACGGAGUUAUCAAAGACUGAACCUCCAGAAGUUGUAUCGGCAAGGUCGGAGAGUCCUGCACUCAAACCCUCGCAGGACCCGUUUUGUGCCCUGUUUGACGUUUUUGGGCAGGGGAAGGAGCCUGGAAGUUAUGUCUGA